AUGGAGUCAUCAAGUCCAGAGCAUCUACCUACUGAUAUGGAAGUCCUGAAGAAAAUGGAGGACGAGCAUUUGCACUCACAAAGACAAGUCCGUCUGAUACAGACGGACAGACAGCACCGCUCGCUGGGAGUACACCCGCAGUUCCGGCGCCAGGACCACCUGCUGCGAACCCUCAAGAAGGAGUACCUCAACCUUCACAAGGACCUCAAGAUAGCGAGAUCAGGAGCCCAUAAGAAGAAUGACAAGAGAAUGAAGCAAGAAUUGACAAGAGCUUUGCUAUCACGCACUGAGCAUGAAGAGGAACGCGAAGAAAACCUGACUCUCAUGGAGCAAUUAGAUGAGCUGCUGCAAGAGAAGAAGAAAGAGUUGCUACUCAUCAAUGAGAAAGUCAUCGCUAAUAACGGAGAGUUGGAGGUACGAAGAGCACUGAGCGACCACCGAUUGUCCUCAGCUGAGAACAAGCUAGAGAUAGCGAUGUGGAGUUUCAACGAGGUCCAGUGCGAGAACAAGAAGGUCAGGCAAGAGAUAGAGCACAUGCUGAAUGACAGAGCAUUGUUCAACCAAUCGUGGAACAAAAUGAUGUCAGCCCUCAGCAAAGGCAAGAAGUUUCUAACGGAUCUAUUCGAGUCUUCUACCCUGGCGUACGACCAGAGAGAUGAAUGGUGUGCCAAGUUGAAGUCAGCCCAGGAGAAAGGGAAGGUCGAUCAGAUGGUGCAAAUACAGGAAAUGAGAGACUUGCAAAAAGCUUUUGACCAUGAAAUGAAGCUCUACAAUUUCCUAGCAAAGAAAGGUGUCAUCAGAAUCAACAAAGAGGAAGAGAAAAGAGCAGAAGACCAAAAGAAAAAAGAAGAGGAGGAGAUCGAGAAGAAUUUAAAAGCACACGAUAAAAUAUUUAGCGACAUUAACGAUUACACAGAAGAACACGACGUUGACAAAAUAAUAGAGCAAUUCGAGCGAGUGGAACAAGAAAACUUUUCAAUAUACAAGCUAUUGAAUGAGUACUGUGCGGAAAACGAGGUCUUGAAGAGAGGUUUAGAAAAAAUUAAACAGGAUAUUGAAGACAGACGGGACUGGAACGAAAUGGCGGAAGAGAACAGGCAGGAGAAAUUGCAACAACUAAGAGACAAGUUGGAGAAGCAGAAGUUGGCAACAGAAGAUAAGAGAACCCAACUUACUGAGAAAUCGCUACUUAUAGAAGACACGAUGAAGAAAGUCACUGAACUAUUUAAUUUAUUGGACUGUUCUCUGGAGCCCUACCAAAACCUGCUGGGAGACAAACAGCCGUCUCUCCACCAUGUCAACCUGACCUUCAGGCUCAUCACUGAGAAAAUACAGGAGUUGGUGCAGAUCACAUAUUAUUGCGAGCGCCAUGUACAACGGAAGGACAAGAGCAGCUCUCGUCUGAAGAAGUACACAGUGAGGGUGCAGCCCCCGGAGCCCUGGAGCGCCACGCCCAUCACAGUGCUGGUCCCCGCCGAACCUUGCCCAGCUUGCAUCGAAGCCCGCUGGCUGUCACGAGUGAGUGACACUCCGGAGACGCCGUUCACUCGCGCGAUGAGUGAGGCGGCUCGCCUGCAGCUGGAGGAGGAGCCGGCCUUCGAGAGGAGUGACAGGAUCCACGCGCUCGCUGAGUGCCGCGCGCCGCAAAGCCGACUGAUACUGGCUAAGCGAUACAUGCCCUACUGAAGCGCAGACUAUGCCUUGUUAAGCUGUUUGGAA